AUGCCCAAGAGUGCCAAAAUCGAUGCCCGCGGCGUCAUCGUCGUGCCCGCGCCCAAGAGCGUGCCCAACAAGGACCAUCUUCACCGGCUCAAUUACCUGUACCAGUUGUCACGGUUCCAGGCCGUCGUGAAUCGGACCGACCCUAACGACGCACUCGCCCGCGCAUAUGGCGCGAAUUUGACCGCAAUCCAGCAGCGUACCAAGACCGCACUUGCGCCCUCGAUCAAGCGCACGCUUUGCAAGAAAUGUCGUCGUCCGCUCUUGCCCGGCGCAACGUGUCGUCCGCGGGUCACGAACGUGAGUAAAGAUAAACGGCCCUCGUGUGACUUGUUGGUCUUACAAUGCACGUGCAGUACCGUAAAGCGGUUUCCAAUUGGUCGUGACCGCUCUUACCGUCCGUUCAGUGAAUGUGACGAGAACAUUCGACUGCUCGCGGGACCAGCGAGGAAAUGA